AUACAGCACUGUCGGCUGAAGUAGGAAACGCAUUUUCACGCAGCCAACGCAGAGUCCCGUGCUCGAGAAACGCAUUUUCUACUGCGCAACACUUCCAGAGGUUCAGGGAGAGAAGCUAUUUUCCGCUACGAUGUCGAUGACAGUGAAAGCUUACCUUAUCGGUAAGGAGGACUGCAACAAGGAGAUCCGUCGCUUCGCCGUGGAUCAAGAUGUCUCAACAAGUUUCGAGUAUUUGCAGCGAAAAGUGCUCGAUGUUUUUGUCGGUCUCAGGACUGCGCCCUUCCAAAUGUACUAUAAAGAUGAAGAUGGUGAUAUGAUUGCCUUUUCCUCUGACGAUGAGCUAAUGAUGGGUUUGGCUCUUGUGAAGGAUGACACUUUCCGUCUCUUCAUCAAGCAACGAAAAGAGCACAAACGUGAUUCUUCUCCUCAUGGAAUUCCUGGGUUUCCGUUCACUACACCUCACUUUAGCCCUCCUGGUCCCUGUCAUAUGGGUCCAUCUCCAAUGGGGCCUCCAGGACCACCUCAUAUGGGGGGUCCUCCUCACCACCCUCACCCAAUGGUGCACCCAGGUGUGACCUGUGACGGGUGUGAUGGGCCGGUGGCUGGAACCCGUUACAAGUGCACCGUUUGCCCCGAUUAUGACUUGUGCCCCACCUGCCAGAGCAAAGGCCUGCACAAGGAGCAUGCCCUCCUGCCCAUCUUUCAUCCUAUGGCCAACGUGUUUGAGUGGCUCCCUCGUGGGAAAUUUUGGCGUAAGAUGAGACACUGCAUGUGGGCAAAUGCUCAAGCUCAGGCUCAAAACCAGCCUCAGCCAGGUCCAUCUGGAGCGCAGCAAAACCAGGAUGCUCCUGAAAACCCAAAUGAGAAUGGUGCUACUGCCUCUUCUCAGGCUAACGUGGAGUACCUAAAGAACAUCGGAGAAGAAGUGGCAGCCAUGUUAAGCCCCCUUGGCAUAGAUGUGGACAUCGAUGUUGAGCAUGAGGGAAAGCGGACCAAAGUAACCCCAACUCCUCCUGCCUCCAGUGGACCAUCCAGUGCUCGGAGUGACAGUGGUUCUGUGGGGCUUCUUUCUAGAGGCUCUGGUCCAGGAAGUCAGGCCACUGAAGAGAGCGUCAGUGAGGGAACAAAGAAAGACCAAUGUAGUGAUGAGGAAUGGACUCAUCUUAGUGCUAAAGAGGUGGAUCCUUCGACAGGAGAGCUGCAGUCUCUUAGACUAGAGCAGGACGGGGCAGAUCUUCCAGCUCCACUAAAUACUGCUUCUGGCACAAGCACCAGAGACGGUCCCACUGGUCUGCGCGAGGCAGCUCUCUACCCACACCUUCCUCAAGAUGCAGACCCUAGGCUGGUGGAGUCUCUGUCUCAGAUGCUCUCCAUGGGUUUCACCGAUGAGGGUGGAUGGCUAACCAGACUGCUCCACACCAAGAAUUACGACAUCGGUGGUGCUCUGGACACCAUCCAGUACUCCAAAACACCAGGACAACAGAAGUAGAGGUGGAGCACAGGAAUACAGAAGACCUGGGCCAUACUUAAUAUUUGAAGCUUCUGGCCUAUUUUCUAACUUAGUCUUUCUAUACUUUUAAAAUGAUAAAUUUCCACAAAUAUUAACAAUAUCAAUUACUCAGGUGACUAGUACAUAGUUAAGUUCAUCAUUGGGCUUAUAUAUGCAAAAUGUUUGUCUUUAGCUUAACACUUGACAUUAUAAAGAACAUUAUUUUCAUGUAUGCAUAAUAUUACGUAAAGGUUGUUAAGUAGAGAUCUAUAUUUGUGCAACUUCACUUUAUGGAUUUUCUGUUUGCAUAAUCAAUAAGCAGUUUCUAGAUCAAGCAUAAACCUGGAGGGUUUGUUAGUUUGAAUAAACAGAUGGAAUCGGAUUAAUGUCGCUGUUGGUCUUCUAAAAUUCCUGUCUUUUCUAUCUACAAUAAAACACUUCUCUAAAACA